AUGAUUUAUCUACAAUCUGGCUGUGACAGUGCCAUGCGUUAGUUUCCCUAUUCGCAUCUCUAUUCUGUUCAGAGUUUAUUUCAGUUAAUGGCUUUAUGCUGGACGGUCUCCACAAGAAGAGUGCCCAAUUAGGUAAGUUUGGUUCAAAGUCGAAAAAAAUUCCAUAUUUUGACCAAAAACAUGUUAUUUUUGAAUGUGGUUAGGCACUUUCUGAUAAGAAAAAACACUUUUUUAUUUAACAAAAACCGUCUCAGCUUUGAUAUUUUUUGCGCUUUUCUCUAAAGAGCCAAAAGAUGGCCUAACCAUCCUUAACAACAACAAAAAAGUUUGUUCGAAGGCGAUUUGGACGCCAAUAGGAACGUGGCCAAAUUUGGAAACAGAGCCUAAUCAGAGCGGUCAUUAACUGAUUUGCGCCAAAAACGAGAACCAUAUCAUCAUCCUUUUUUUAAGCGAAACUCGCGGAUAAAUACCACGACCAGGCCGCCGUCCGCAAGACGAAGUUCAAAGAAGGCCAGCCUCUAGACCCAACAACAGACCUAUUUCGGAAGGCAACAGUUCAUUGGAAACAAAAUUUUGAGCUAUAUGAUAAACCCCAUCUGGAGAAGGAGUUUAUUGAAGCCGCUCAGAAGUACGAAGCUGUUAAAAAAGCACACGAAGCUGGAAAGGAGUUUGAGCCUCCAAAAGGGACCAGGAUUUGGUCGGAUGUGCGACUGAAAUGUCCUGAAAAAAUGGAGUUGGCGAAAUUACCCGAACAGCAGAUUGUCGCGAGGAAGCCAAAACCUCAGCUCCCAAAAGGUCCACCGAAGGCUUUUUCAAAAAGACGGCAAAAAGGUGGAGGUGAUCCGCUUUCCAAAGCUGCCAGCAGCGUCGCCAACACUGAAAACCCAAAAAUGGAGAACAGGAAAAAAGAAAAUCCGAAGGUAGCAGAGUCGAAAGUAGGAGAACCGAAAAUGGGAAAUCUGAAGAAAGAAGAACAAAAAAAGGGGGAGCCAAAGAAAGAAGAAGUCAAACAGGGGGAUGAGCAAGUUAAGUACGUGGAACCUGAAGCUAUCGUGAAAAGAGAGUUGAAAAAAGAUCAACCGAAGAAAGUCUUCGUUAUGCCGCGCGAGAGCAUCCAGCUCGAAAAGUGUCAUCCGCUCUGUCUGACGAGCCGUGUUCCAUCAAUCUACGACACAUUCAAGAGCAAAUCGACUGUUUUGAGUGGGGUUUUCUAUUUUGCAAUAGUAAUCAUUUAAUCACAGAUCUGAAAUUUCAUAAAAUACCUAAAAAGCUUUUGAGAAUAAGAUAUAUAUGAAAAUAUCGUUGUAAGGUAUUCUGGUAAACAUGAGAACAAAUUCCAAAUGUAAUGCCGUGUUCAAUUUGAUUCCGCGAAAUGCAAAAUACCCGUUAGAGAAAGGAAAAGAUCACUAGAUUUUGGAGAGUCAGAGAUCAUUUUGCAUUUCGCGGAAUCAAAUUGAACACGGCAUAAAUAUUUCGUCUUAAAUUGAUUCUAAAGGCAUAUUUUUCAAAAAUUGAGGGACUAAUACAGAGAAUGGCAGAAAAUUUUUUUCCACAUCCAGUGUUUUUCGUUAUGGAAAAAAUAUACUGUAGUUAAAUUUUUCACGGUCCAAUCAACAGUCAAAGAUUAUCAUUUGAAGAUGAAAGAAUACAUAUAUUUCACCUUUAAAAUCCAUAAAAUUGUGCUCACUUUUGUACUGACACGGGCAAAGUCCAAACGACCUUAAAAAGAAGAGCGUAAGGCUUCUUUUCAAGUUCCUAAAAAGUGUCGAAAGUUUUUUGGAAUCUCCUUUCUUCCGCCUUAUUUUCUACACCUCCUUAAAAGGUCCUUUUCAAGAAAAGGUCCAGAAAAAAGGCGCCUUUAAGGCCUUUAAAAGACUUUUUUUUCCCAAAAUUCCUUUUUGAGAGCUUUUGGACUUUGCCCGUGGAGAAUAUUGCGAAUUCUACCGCGUUCCGCAAAAGGAAUGUUUAUUCCGAAUAACGCAGUUUAAAAGUUCAACUCCGCCUAUUUCUGGAACAAAACCAAAUAUGAUUUCAAAAAAAGUUAGAAUGCCAGAAGUUGCUCGUUGAAGCUGAAGAGGAAUAAUUAUUCGAAAUCUGAGCCUGCGAGAGAAAUAAAACGUUAUAGUACUUCAGUUGUAAAGAAGGAUAUUUUCAGGAGACACGUUCUCCGUUUUUUCUUUGGUGAUGGAAGAGCUGGAUAACUACUACGAGUUCCACGCAAGAGGUAUAGAGAUACUGUGCGAGACAAAAUUAUUUUCUUUUUUUUCAGCUUUGGCGCUCAUUAAUUUAAACGCCAACCACGUGGAGAUAAAAAUGGUGGAGACCGCGAGAUACGGAGCUCAAUACGAUAAAGUGAAUUCAACUUGGCCCGCUUUCCCUUUGAACAAGCAGCCAAAGAACAGAUGGGCCGUAAACGGGCGUCCCCAUUAUCAGAUUCCACGUGAGUUUUAA